CAUUCCGUACUCAAAUUGAGAAAUAAUAUGGAACGUUGGCAAAAUAAAAUCGCUGUGGUAACAGGUGCCAGUUCUGGCAUUGGUAUAGCCAUAGUUAAGGAUCUUAUUAAAAAUGGCUUGCAAGUUGUUGGUCUAGCCAGACGUGUCGAACGUGUGGAGGAUAUUAAAAAGUCAUUGCCCAAAAAUUUGCAAACAAAAUUGACGGCUUUGAAAUGUGAUGUUUCCAAUUUGAAAUCGGUUAAUGAGGCAUUCGAUAAAAUUGUGCAGCAUUUUGGUGGCAUAGAUAUUUUAGUAAAUAAUGCUGGAUGCCUCAAAUUAGGACAAUUAACCACCAUGAAUGUGGCUGAUGUAGAACAAGUUCUGCAAACAAAUGUCAUGGGUGUGGUCUAUUGUACCCAACGCGCUUUUAAAUCAAUGAAAGAACGUAAUUUCAAUGGCCAUGUUGUGCUCAUCAAUAGUGUAGCUGGCCAUAAAGUUGUGAGCAGUAUUGAUGGUAGCACACCCGAAUUCAAUAUUUAUCCACCCAGUAAAUUCGCCAUAACUGCUAUUACGGAAAUCUAUAGACAGGAGUUUCGAGGAUUGGGUACAAAGAUUAAGGUUACUAGCAUUAGUCCUGGUGCUGUGGAUACAGAAAUUUUAAAUGAUAAUAUAAAAUCGUUAUUACAAGGUACUAUUCUAAAAGCUGAGGACAUUGCUUCGGGUGUUUUGUAUGCCAUUUCAACGCCACCUCAUGUGCAAAUUCAUGAAAUGAUUAUUAAGCCGAUUGGUGAAGUGUUAUAA